AUGGCAAACCGUCUCGCACAGGUGUCCGGUCACCUUAGCAAUGCACAUGGACGAGGGCUUCUCUCUGGAGAGGUAGCUAUCAUUACUGGUAGCGGACAGGCAAGGAGUUUUGGUAUCGGGCGCAGCGCAGCGCUGCUGUUCGCAAAGGAAGGUGCCAAGGUUGUAGUCAGCGAUAUUGACGCCAAGAAGGCUGCGGACGUAGUGAACGAGAUCAAGGCAGCAGGUGGCGACGCAAUAUACGUUGCAGGAGAUGUUGGAGCAGACGACUUCCACAGACAAUCGUGGACGCAACUGCAGUAUGGCAAGAUCAAUCACAUCCUGGCUUUCACAUACGACAAGAUGAUUCACACCAUGCCAGACGAGACAUACGACGUUAUCAUGAAAAUCCACGUCCGCGCACCCUUCCGCCUUAUUCGUGCUGCUGCACCUUAUUUCCGAGUCAAGAGCAAUACGCCUGAAAACCGUUCCAUCAUCAAUGUUUCUUCGACGUCCGGUCUGCAUGGAAAUGUUGGCCAAGCAAAUUACGCUGCUGCCAAAUCUGCGGUUGUAGGUCUCACCAAGACUAUUGCAAAGGAGUGGGGACCAUUUGGUGUUCGUGCGAAUACCAUUGCAUUUGGCCUCGUGCACACUCGGUUGACCGCAGCAAAAGAGGACGGUGCAACCAUUGAGAUUGACGGUCAGAAGGUUGCACUGGGCAUUCCCGGAGCAAGGCAGCGCGCUGCUGCUCAGAACACUAAUGCUUUCGUGGAUAUUCCUCUGCAGAGAGGUGCCACUGCUGACGAGGCGGCCGCAGGCAUGCUUUUCCUUGCUUCACCGCUUGCGUCGUACGUGUCUGGCCAUACGCUGGAGGUGACAGGCGGGCGAGGAAUCUGA